CUGGGAGGAAGGGGCGGGCUUCCGGGGCUGCCGGCCUGACCGCUGAGAGCUGCUGUCAUGGCGGCCGCUCGGUGGGGCUUUUUGGCUGUUCUCCUGCUGCUGCUCUCAGGGGACGCCCACACCUCGGAGGCGCCCGGGGCUACUGCGGACGGGUUGGGAGGGGGUGCGGCCAGCCUGGGGGAUCGUUUCAAGAUCGAAGGGCGUGCUGUUGUUCCCGGGGUGAAGCCCCAGGACUGGAUCUCGGCGGCCCGAGUGCUGGUGGACGGCGAGGAACACGUCGGCUUCCUUAAGACAGAUGGGAGUUUUGUAGUUCAUGAUAUACCUUCUGGAUCUUAUGUAGUAGAAGUUAUUUCUCCAGCAUACAAGUUUGAUCCUGUUCGAGUAGAUAUUACUUCAAAAGGAAAAAUGAGAGCAAGAUAUGUGAAUUACAUCAAAACAUCAGAAGUGGUCAGACUGCCCUAUCCUCUCCAAAUGAAGUCUUCAGGCCCACCUUCUUAUUUUAUUAAAAGGGAAUCCUGGGGCUGGACAGACUUUCUUAUGAACCCAAUGGUUAUGAUGAUGGUCCUUCCAUUAUUGAUAUUUGUGCUUCUGCCCAAAGUAGUCAACACAAGUGAUCCUGAUAUGAGACGGGAAAUGGAACAGUCAAUGAACAUGCUGAAUUCCAACCAUGAAUUGCCUGAUGUUUCUGAGUUCAUGACAAGACUCUUCUCUUCAAAGUCAUCUGGCAAAUCUAGCAGUGGCAGCAGUAAAACUGGCAAAAGUGGAGCUGGUAAAAGGAGGUAGUCAGGUGGUCUGGAGCUGGCAUUUGCACAAACAAGGCAACACUGGAUGGCAUUCAAGUCGAGGAAAAUCGUGUAAAGCAACUACUGUAAACUUGAGUCAUCCUGAAAGUUGAUCUCUUGUAACUGUUGUGUGUGAUAACUCGUUAGCACAUGUUUUAUACUUGGUACACAAGAAAAUCCAGCUCUCGUCCUUUGGUCCUUUGUCUGUAUGAGGUCAAUAUUGUUGUCACUGAAUUAAUUACAGUGUCCUACAGAAAAUGACAUUAAUAAAUUAUAUGAAGUACUAUACGUUAUGUAUAUUAAAAUAAGUCUUAACACAGAGAUAAAACUAUCUUGUCUUUUUUGUGUUUUUUAUUUGACAGUUUUCUGUUUUUUAAACUCUGAGUCUUGAAUUUUACCUUUCCUGAUUAAAGAGAAUUGGUUGAUAUUUUCAGAGCAGCAUGCACCGUGGUUUUCGUAUAUCUAGAUCUUUCAAAAUCAUCAGCCCUUCCCUGCCAUUUAACAUGACCCGUUACUUGAGCGACAAUGACAAUAUUCCUGAGGUAGUUUAAACUUUUUAUGAUUACAGUUAACUAUGAGUAUAAAGAUAGAAAUGACCCUUUUAAGGUUCUGGUUUCUGUGUGGGAUUUCAUUGUUAAGUAUCAGCUCUGUACUAUUCUUCAAGUGAGUGCUACUCUGCCAGUCUUUGAUAGCUUAAUACAGGGAGGAAGUGCAGAGAAUAGCAAUGGCCAGUGGAGAGAAGUGCAACAAUGGGAGAGUUUUCUAGAGCCUAAGUAUAGAAGAUUAAUCCUAGACUUCCAUACAAGGAUAUUGGUAAUACAGCACAGGGAGCUUUUAUUUAUUUUUUAUUUGUAAAAUUUGACUUAUUUUCUAUUUUUGUGUUUGAGCCUCACCCAGAGAUCCUGAGCUGCCACUCCAACAUGUGCUCAGGGGACCAUGCAGUGUCAGGGAUCAAACCCAGGCCUUCUGCAUGCAAUGCAUGUGCACUCCUCAGCCCUAGCACAGAUAACUCAUAAGUGCCCUCAUCUCCUAUUAUUGAUUUUUGAAUUGCUGGACUAUAAAUAAGUACUUUCCACUCAGGAUUACCUCAAAGCUUUUAUUUCAGUAAGUUCUAAAAAAUUUUUUUUAUAUCUCUUGAAUUGUUUUAGCUAGAGAUGAAUUCUGAAGUUACAGUAUUACUAGUGAAAGAAUUACUGUACUGCUUUCUUAAGGUUUUCAAAUCAGCCAAAAAUAAGGAUUAGAUCAGAGAGUACAGGGGUUAAGAUGCAUGUUGCAUUUGGCCGGCCCCAGUUCAGUCCCUGACAUCAGCAAACACAGCUGUGAAUAGCCCCCGAGUACCACUUGAUGUGUCCCCCCAGGUAUCAGAAAAACGGGGACUGAUUCCUAACUUCCUUCUGUAAUAGGUGCUUGCUUAUUUUGAAAUUGUUCAUUUUAUAAUGAGCUAUAUACAUUUGCUUUUAAAAGUUCAUAUGCAGAAAAUUUUAUUAACUAUUUGUAUUUCAUAUCCAGUUGGUGAAGUAAUGAAUGAUUUAAGCUAGGUAGACUGGUUAUUAGUAGAACUAGUUUUUUUUUUUCUAAAGCCAUUUAUUGAGAAUAACUAAAUAUUAUAACAGUUGAAUGGAAGCUAGAUUUCAAGAGACAAAGGUGGGUCACAGUUGUAUGACCAGAAAUACUGAUAAAAUUCAAAAUUUGUCUUGUCAAAAUUUAUACUUGGUGUAAGCAGGAAAGUGGAAAACACUUCCAAGGAAUUACCAUUUUGUUUUCUAAUUAAGAAACAGUAUAUAGAUUCUAAUACUGUCUAAAUAUUUAUGUGUAGGUAUAUAUAUAUCCUUAUAUUACAGAAUAUUAUUGCAUCAUUUGUAUAAAAGAAUCUUUGCAUAGAACCUUCAUGAAAUGCUUAGUGUGCUUACAAAUGCAGAAAAUUGUACCAUUGUUGAUAUGGGGUUUAGUGCAGAGAGCCCCUGGUUAGCUGCUAACUUGCUUUGUGACUGUGGGCAGGUCGCUUUGCCUCAUUGGACCAUGUCUUGUUCAUUGUUCUAUUUACAGCAUUGAGCAUUUAGGCACACAAUAAAUGUUUGUUGAAUGAGUAAA